UACCCAACAAAUGAUCAAACAAAGUUAUUAUCACGGAGUGCCGGAUUGGGCGAUUCGUGAUUGUGUGAAUCAAUAUUUCAAAUUCGUUCGUUCGGUUUUAUAAAAAAAUUUGUUUCGUUUUACUACGCUACUGAUCCAGGGACAAAUAAUCACCGGCUUUAUAAUUUGCCAAUCAUCAAAUCGUCUGAUUAACGACUUACCACAACAAUGGCCGACCAAAACAUCUUGGACAAAUCCAUGAGAAGUGUUUUCGUGGGAAACAUCCCUUACGAGGCCACUGAAGAAAAACUAAAAGACAUUUUCAAUGAAGUAGGACCUGUCAUAUCAUUCAAAUUGGUGUAUGACAGAGAAACAGGAAAACCUAAAGGUUAUGGCUUCUGUGAGUACAAAGAUCAAGAGACUGCACUCAGUGCUAUGCGUAAUCUCAACGGAUAUGAAAUUGGUGGACGAACUCUACGCGUUGACAAUGCAUGUACAGAAAAGUCUAGACUCGAAAUGCAAUCUUUAAUGGUGGGAAUGCCCACUUCGGAAAAUCAGUAUGGUGAAGCUGUAAGUGCCGAAAAAGCACCAGAAGCUAUAAGCACUGCUGUUGCAUCUUUACCGCCUGAGCAAAUGUAUGAACUUAUGAAACAAAUGAAAACAUGCAUUCAGAAUAACCCAACUGAAGCUCGAAACAUGUUACUGCAGAAUCCUCAACUUGGAUAUGCAUUAUUACAAGCACAAAUCAUUAUGAAAAUAGUAGAUCCACAAGUUGCUGCUAGUAUGUUACAAGCUACAAAUCAAGUUCCAACUACAACAGUUUCCAAUCCUGUUGCUACAACCACAACAGUCAUUAACCCAAUGACUCAAAUUCCUGCCAACGAUAGUAAUACAUGGGUACAAGCAAAUCCUAUAGUUACUCCAAUAGUCCAACCUCAAGUCGAAGAUAUGGAUUUGCGGCAAAUCAACCAUGUGCGUGUUAUGGACCAAGAUUUAAGGCAGGCUCCAAUACAAAUCCCAAUUCCUCAACCAUUAUCGUCAGUUCCAGUUGAACCUUCUAUUCCACAGCAAUUACCGGCAUCGAGAGAUCCUCGUGCACCAGUAGCAAUGGACUCAGAUAUUCGAACUUUCACUAUUAGAGAUCCAAGAGCUAGCAGCAAUAAUGUAGCAGCAUCAUUGUCAACAACAACAGUAACAGUUGCAACAACAGCAACUCCACCUCAGAUACCUCCUCCAGCAGUUCAGCAGCCUGCUAGACCACAAGCUGUUCAACAAACGGCUAAACCCAGCUCUUCUGAUACUGAAAAGGCAGCAUUAAUAAUGCAAGUGUUGCAAUUAACUGAAGAACAAAUUGCAAAAUUGCCUUCAGAACAGCGACAAAGUAUACUCGUUUUGAAAGAACAAAUAGCCAAGUCUGCUCAAAGAUAAUAAAAAAGGCUCAACAGACUUAUUAUAGAUAGUUAUUUAUCUUUUAAACAUAAGUCUAUAGUUAAAACUUAAUUUUUAUCCUUAUUAUAUUUUAUUUAUGAACUA